UUCCAUGAACUGAUUGAACUCCUGAUUUAUAUCAGUGCAUGAGAUGUAGAAGCAUCUAAACUAAACACAGAAACAAACUCCCUCUGUCAGCCCAUUUUCAUCUUCUAGAUCACUUUCAAGAUGUGCAUGGGGAUGUUGCAAUGAUGAUCACACAGCUCUCCAUUUCUGGCUGCAGGCUCUGCAGAUUCUUUCUCUGCAUUCAGUCAGGCUUGUGCUCCCUAACAAUUCCUGGUAGCCCAUCAUGUUUUCUUAGGGUAGAACAAUAACAAUGAAAUCCUUACCAAUGGCACAACUGCCCAGCCCACAAGGAAAAGAAAGAACAAGCUGCCAAGUUCUUCAAACAUUUGUCCUGCUUUGCUGCAAGAGUUGUGCUGCACACACGGUGUGGAAUGCCAAGAGAAGCUGCAGCUGGUGGCACAUCUUGAGACAGAAGCUGCACCUCGUUCUCCAGGAAAGGUUCUUGGAAAGAGCAAACAGGCCCCGGCCCCGGCCCCGGCUCCUCCCGGGCCCCGCGGAGGACACAGGCGGCGCAGCCGCUGCCGCCGCCUCCGCUGCGGCUUCCCCGGCCCGAGCUCCGCCGCUCGGCAGCGCGGCCGCCGGCCCCGAGCCGCCGCUGUCCCGUUGCCAGGAGCGAACGCCUGGGGAUGGCCGGCCCGGGGCGCUUGAGGGGCGCUCGGGGGCCGCUCCUGGCCCCGGGCCGAGCGCUGACAGCCGCGUCCCGCCGGCAGGGAAGGCGCAGCAGGGCCUGCAGGAGCAGUACCGGCUGGGUUCGCUGCUGGGCCGCGGCGGCUUCGGCAGCGUCUUCGCGGCCACGCGGCUCUCGGACGGCGCCCCGGUGGCCAUCAAAAGGGUGCCACAGAACCGCGUCCUGCACUGGGGCGAGCUGCCCGACGGCACCAGCGCACCCCUGGAGGUGGUGCUGCUGGCCAAGGUGUCCACUGGCUUCCCCGGUGUCGUCCAGCUGCUGGAGUGGCUUGAGCUCCCCAACGACAUCGUGAUGGUGCUGGAGCGCCCAAAGCGGUCUCAGGACCUGCACCAUUUCAUUCGGGCACGGGGGUUCCUGUCCGAGGAGGUGGCGCGGGAGCUGUUCCGCCAGGUGCUGGAGGCCGUGCGGCACUGCACCAGCUGCGGGGUCCUGCACAGGGACAUCAAACCAGGGAACAUCCUGGUUGACCUGGCCACCGGGGAGGCUAAAUUGAUCGACUUUGGCUGUGGCACCUACCUGCAAGACACAGCCUACACUCACUUUGCAGGAACACGGUCAUACAGCCCCCCGGAAUGGAUGCAUUUUGGCUGGUACUACGGCAAGCCAGCUACUGUCUGGUCCCUGGGCAUCGUGCUGCACCAGAUGGUCUGCGGGGAGCACCCUUUCAGGGGGUGCCAGAACAUCAGCUGGGACCAUCAGCUCUCGCUGCCACAACGGCUCUCUCCAGAGUGCCAAGAUCUGAUCAGGAGGUGUUUAUCCAUGCUGGACAUGGAAAGGCCUUCGUUAGAAGAGCUGUUGUGUGAUCCCUGGAUGCAGGAGAUUCAUCUGCCCUAGAAGAAGGGAAAGAGCCACAGGCACACUCUGAUGCAGGGCCCUGCUGGGGCCCUGGGCAGAACCCUGACAGCCUGGUCUCAGCCCCAGGGAAGGAGAAGGAGCCCCUGGAGAAGCUGUAGCAGGUGGGGCUGCUGCUGCUGGAGACAGCGAGGACGACAUCAAGGAUGACAACCUCUUGCUCCACCUGGUCACCGGCAGGCUGAAGAUGACGUCACUUUGAUUCUGGCACCUUCUCCAAAGCCAGGCUCCACAGGGAAUUUGCAGAUGAGUCCACACGCAGGGGAUGCUCCCAGAUUUGGGCAUUGCACAGCCUGGCCGGGAACCAAAGGUUCCCCCUUUGCUGGGGCGGAUGCAGCUGAUCCUUCAGUCGGCUGCCCAGCUGCUUUUGGCAGGGCUCGGGGCAUGGGCUGGGGUGGGUACGAAAUGGGAGUGGGCUCCUGGCCCUGCCAACAGCCCCCACCACCCACCGUGCCCCGGGCUGGGGCUGGGGCUGGGGCAGCCAGCCCGACACAAACCAACCCCCAUGGUGGGAGCAGAGGUGGGACUCCAGAACCUGGGGGGCAGUGCAGGGGGAAGGGAGAAAGCCUGGGCUUCCCUCACCGUGGGUGGGGUUUUCCCUGGCAUGCAGGGCUUGGGCCUUCCUCAAACCCCAGACAGAGAUAUGAUUUUUGACCUUUUUUCUUGUUUCCCCUUUUUGUCUGUAAUCUACUUUCAAUAAUUUGUUGUGUGUUUUUCUACAGGAAGCGUUCUAGGUGGGGUCCAGUCUGGAUGGGGAAGUGCUUGGGAGCAGCUGCGGCGUGGAUGGGCCGUGCCCUUGGAGAAGGCUGAGGACAUCGUUUGGGACCAGCUUUUCUUCCAGCGGUGGAUGGCGUCAGCCGGGCUCUGCGGAUGCUGAGGCUGCUCUGGGCUCUGCCAGGGCUCUGCUGGGCUCAGCACCGGGACAGAAUCAGCCCAAGAAGAAAUGGUGUGACCUGCAGCACAGACUUGCUUGAGCAUUUCAGCAACACAGCUCAAGUUUCCAGAGUGUACACCUCCAAGGGAAAACAUGCCACCAGCCAAAAAAUAAACUUGUUCAAUACUUUUCUGAGAUGAAAUCAA